AUGCGCUUCGACUUCGACGGCGCCGUCUGCGAUGAGGAAGGCGUUGGCUUCGGCGAGGCGGGCGAUUCGUCAGCCGAGGACUCGUCGGACUUGCGAGCGCGGGGCGAGUGCGAGCAGGAAGAAGCCGAGGGCGAGUUGGCGAGCGGCCCAUUCGGCCCGCAGUCGGAGGCCGGGGCGGAUGCCGAAAGCAAUCAGGCGCGGGCUACCAGUGGAUGGCAUGGGAUGUUGCGUUGCCGGGCACUCCUUUUGGUAUCGAUCUUGGGCAACGACUUUGACAUACGAGUAUAUGUUUUCACCUAUCAGCCGGCGCAGGCUCUGGAAGUACUACGGCACCGGUGCGACGUGGUGUUUGAUCGGGGACGUUACCGUCGUAACCAACCCGUCGGCACGGUGGCGGAUUGGUGGUGGUGGUGUUCCUUCAUUGCUUCUUAUGUGUUCGAAAAUGGUCAGGCAAUCUUGUUAGUGCGCCUUCCCGUGACGACGUUGAAGUCAGAUGCGUUCGUACUCAUGUGUUUGUUUCUCGAGCUUUGGUGGUGCGUGGCAUUGUUGCAACGGGGCAAGGAGGGAAGUUCGCAUCUUGAGGAUUACCCGUGGCCGGCAGUCUUGACGUGCAAAUUAGUUAUAUGCCAUGUUGCCGGCUUCCGUUCUGUGUUCGUCACAUUUUACGUUGUUGGCGUUUCAUUGCUUCUUUGUGUUAUGGUCUCUGUGAGCGUUGUGCUUGAGUUUGGCAGCCAAGUAGGUGUGAUCACAAUCGUGACGACUCUGUUCGAGUGGUUCUUGUCAUCGCAUUUCCACGAGCUGAGGCAGCAGCUAGGCGCCAUGCAGACUUUGCUCGACGCAGCGACUGAUGGCUACUGCACGGUGAGAAGGCAUGUUAGAUCCAUCUCACAUGCUAGCGAUAGUCUCCAGCUUCUCUUUUGCGCAGACCCACGGUGA